GACAAGAAGAAGACGCAAAAAAUUAGACCAACCAAGAACGCUGCCGUUUUCCCUCUCCUUCAUCAGAAAUCAAACCAACGAUCAAAAAUAAUCGUGUCCCUGAAGAAGGGCGACGUUCGACGACAGAGAUUUCCCGGCGAACGAUCAGCCAUCGUUCCAUGACGAAUCAUAUAUUGGGAACGGCUUCCAAAGUUUCUCGAAUCCGCCGCCACCUCCCGCUGCCAAUGGCGACGGAUUGUACGGAUCCGAUAAUCCUCCAUUCCCCGACUGCUAUGGGGAGCAUCAUCGCCUCCGAUGACAUGAUCUUCGCCUCCGAUGGCCCUAUUCUCCCGGAUCCGGACGAGACGAGACGCAGGGAGUGGCGUCGAUUCGGAGUCAGAUGGAUCACAGCUGAAGCGGAGGAAUACAGGAAAGAAGGCUUUGUACAAGAAGAGGGACAAGAAACAUUGAGACCAAUAGCCGUGAAAUGGAGAAGGUUAGUAGCCAGGAAUUCAUUGCUGUUCUGAUCCUCUGGAUUGGUGUUUGUGUGCUUGCAGCUUUACUUGCCCAACCCACGAAGAGCUGAUCCCUCGAGAGGAGAAGAGAGGGAAAAGGGAUGCAGUGGCGGUGAUCAAGGUUGAUGAAAAGGGUCCACAGGACAUCCAUGGAAGCAUUAUAUAUACAUAUACGUAUAUAUAUAUAUAUAUAUAUAUAUAUAUAUAUAAAAUGACCUGGGCCUUCGAUUGUGGGGGCUGAGCUGCCUUUUGGAUAGAGAUUUUCGUUGCAAUUUUUCUGCGGCGGUUCCUUUGAUGUUUCACGUGACUUAGGUUCCUCCCACUCGUUUUGUUUGGUUGUACGCAUCGAUUCGAUUUGUUUUCUUCACUUCA